AGUCUAACUAACGACCAACUCUCCAUUCUCUCAAAGAAAGUCAUCAAGUGACUUGUUCCACCAGUUUUCCGGUAAAACCUCUCCCAAAAAAGCACCAACCUAAAAAAAAAUUAAAAAAAAUAAAUUGUUUUUUGGGUUACUCUAAUCUGUCUCACUAUAAUAUCAGUCGCAUGAGCCAAUCACUCUCCCAUUUUCCUCCCUCUCUCUCUCUAAAAGUCCGUACAUAAUCCACACCCAAACCCACUGAGAGUGAAGAAUUUUUGUAUAAUAAUAAAGUUGAGUUUGCUCGAAACCCAAUUUCUCUUUAACUUUUUUCUUUGUAAAUUCAAAAUUUUAGAAUCACAAACCGACCCAAAGCGCGUUAUGGGUAGCUGUAAGCUACGAUAGAGUUUACAAGUUGGUCUUCAUUAUCAAUUGUCACCAUCAUCGUCAUCUUCAUCGUCUUCUUCCUAUUUUGAGUAAAUAGAUGCUGACAUUUUCCAGAUUCAUUACUGAGUAGGCACUUCUAGUGACCAUGAAUGACGUACUGGGUCAUCGAAACUAAUUCAUCAAGAGGUGUGAUUCUGUUCUCUGCAGUUUUUUCGUGUUGUGAUCGACACAAAAUCGCAGUGGAUCUGAGACUUUUGAGCUUCUUCACGACUUCUGGUUCAACAUAGGGUUGAAUAUAUUGGAGACGAGGCUCUUCACUCUUCAGAAUCCCUUUUCCUUUGUCCGUGAAAGAAUAUCACUUUCUAGAAUUUUCUCUCUCUCUUUUUUUUUUUUUUGUAAGUGAAUCUCACACUGAACCCACACCAAUUACAAAAUGGGAAAAUCAGCCACAACCGGACGAGACUGGACUCAGAUCUACGCGAUUUACGGACUCGACCAAUGGCAGACCUUACUCUUCCUCCUCUUCCACGCCAUCCUCUUCACUGUCCUCUCCAUCCUCUACCUCGCUUACUUCAACCCGGUAGUCCACCUCUUCGAGCGUUUCCUCGCCCUGGUCUCAGUUCCUGGCGGAGCCGCUCGUUUCGCCGCCGGCUUCACCGGUUCAGUCACCGCGAUCUCCGCCAUUUGUCUCUUCUUCGCCGCCGCUAACUUCUUCUACUCAUCUCUCCCGCUCCACUACGACAUGGCCCACCGCAUGGUCAACUCAGUAAGCGAUUGGUCAACGGUGAAACACGCCCUGGACUUGGGCUGCGGCCGCGGGAUCCUCCUCAACGCAGUGGCGACCCAGCUGAAGAAAGGCGGAAGCUCGGGUCGUGUAGUGGGUCUGGACCGGUCUAAGAGCUCGACCCUGUCGACCCUGCGUACGGCCAAGAUGGAAGGUGUAGGAGAGUACGUGACUUGUCGUGAGGGUGACCCCAGGAGAUUACCCUUCGGAGAUAACUACUUCGACGUGGUGGUAUCCGGUGUGUUCGUCCACACGGUAGGUAAGGAGCACGGCCCCAAGACGGUGGCGGCCUCCGCCGAGAGAAUGAGGGCGGUGGGUGAGCUGGUGAGAGUUCUGAAGCCAGGUGGGGUCGGGGUGGUGUGGGACCUGGUGCACGUGCCGGAGUACGUGCGACGGUUACAGGAAUUGAAGAUGGAAGACGUGAGAGUCUCCGAACGUGUGACGGCGUUUAUGGUCAAUAGCCACAUCGUCUCCUUUAGGAAGCCUAGUCAGCAUUUUGUGGGACCCAAUGAGGUCAGGCUGGAUUGGAGAUGUUGAUGACGUGGAAAUUACACACAUUAUAUUAUAUUAAAGAGAAAAAAAAAAGAAAGAGAUAUAUUAUACUUGAGGAUUGUUAGAAAGGUAAACUAAAAACGUAAAAGAGAGGAGAAAAUGAAAUUAAUGGUGCUGUUUUUUCUUUCUUUUGAAUAUUACAUAGUUUGGUAUUAUGUAAGAUCAUAAUUAUAAUGUUGAUGUUUGAGGAGGCGAAGCUGACUCAGAUGGAUUUGGUGGAUAAUAUAUAAUAUCUAUAUAUUUAGUAUUUGUAUAACGUAGUCUGUCAUAUAUAAUAUGGUUUUUAAUGCCAACUUUUCUCCAACUAGA